CAGAGCGAUUCAGUCUACACCUAAAUAUUCAGAUCAAUUCAAGAGAAUAAGGAGUACUUCAAGUUGCCGUUUUUUUACGGAGCUGCCAAUCUUGGGCGCAUCUCGUUACCUGAACACGCAACAUCUCGGCGAUUCAUGAGUGGGAUUUGGUCAGCUUCAAUCAAUGAAAAAGACAACAACUAACAGCAAACCAACCCAGAGAUAUCAAAAGCUCAGGUACCUUCCAAGUUAAGGACCGGAGCUGUAAGAUAAAGGAUUGUCACAGUUUAUUAGAAGAGACAGUUUUGAGUGCAGUGGAUUUUUCCCCUUUUCCUUUUUUCUUCCUUUCCUUUUUUAUCUAAAUGACUUUUAUGAGUGGAAUCAAAGCUGUCUGUGGCGGAGAGUAGCAAACAACGAGGGACCUGGAAUCAUUUCUGUGUCACUGGAAACAGACGCACGAUGCCACUGGACGCUCUGUGGUCAGUGUGGACCUUCUUGGUUCUGACCGUGUGGGCCCUGGGGUCCCGAAGUGACACCCACUCCACCCCACGCGUCUUCCUCUCCUUCAAAGAGCUGAGGUCCACUGGUACUGCCCACCAUUUCUCCUUCCUGCUUAACACCACGGACUACCGCAUCCUGCGUAUGGACGAGGACCACGACCGCAUGUAUGUCGGCAGCAAGGACUACAUCCUCUCCUUGGACCUGCAUGACAUCAACAAAGAGCCACUCAUAAUCCACUGGCCAGUUCCUCCUCAGCGGAAAACUGAGUGCGUUUUGUCCGGGAAGGACACCAAUGGGGAGUGUGGGAACUUCAUCCGUCUGAUUGAACCCUGGAAUCGGACACACCUGUACGUCUGCGGCACAGGAGCCUACAAUCCAGUCUGCACCUAUGUCAACCGAGGACGCAAGCCUCAGGCCUCCCUGCACCUGCAGACAGCUCAGUCCGGAGGGAGGGCCAGCCGAGCCGCGGACGCCAGCGACGCGGCCGAGCCAGCGGGACUGCAGGAAUACAUAUUCCACCUGGAGCCGGGCAAAGUGGAUUCUGGGAAAGGCAAAUGCUCCUAUGACCCCAAACUGAACAGCGUCUCUGCUUUGAUCAAUGGUGAGCUGUACGCUGGGGUCUACAUUGAUUUUAUGGGAACGGAUUCUGCCAUUUUCCGCACUCUGGGGAAGCAGACGGCUAUGCGGACAGACCAGUAUAACUCCAGAUGGUUAAACGAUCCCUCUUUUGUCCACGUGCAUCUCAUUCCUGACAGCGCAGAGAGGAACGAUGAUAAACUGUACUUCUUCUUCCGGGAGAAAUCAUCAGAGAUGGGCCAAAGCCCCAUCACCCAGUCUCGAAUCGGACGCAUCUGCCUGAAUGAUGAUGGCGGUCACUGCUGCCUGGUGAACAAGUGGAGUACCUUCCUGAAGGCGCGGCUCAUCUGCUCUGUCCCAGGCGCUGAUGGGAUAGAGACACACUUCGAUGAGCUUCGUGACGUUUACAUUCAACAGACACAGGACACCAAGAAUCCGGUCAUCUAUGGGGUCUUCUCUGUCUCAGGGUCUGUAUUCAAGGGCUCGGCAGUGUGUGUCUACUCCAUGGCUGACAUCCGCAUGGUGUUCAACGGGCCCUUCGCCCACAAGGAGGGACCCAACUACCAAUGGGUGGCAUACACAGGGAAGAUCCCUUAUCCUCGGCCCGGGACGUGCCCAGGAGGGACUUUCACACCAAACAUGAAGUCCACCAAGGACUACCCUGACGAGGUUAUCAAUUUCAUGCGUAACCACCCCACCAUGUACAAUGCAGUCUACCCGGUGCACAAGCGCCCCCUAGUGGUGAGGACCAACGUGGACUACGAGUUCACCACUAUCACUGUGGACCAGGUGACGGCUGCUGAUGGGAGCUAUGAGGUGCUCUUCCUGGGGACAGAUCGAGGUAGUGUCCAGAAGGUGAUCGUCCUGCCCAGAGACGAUCUGCAGACCGAGGAGCUGGUCCUGGAGGAGGUGGAGGUGUUCAAGGUGCCGACUCCAAUUACGACAAUGAAGAUAUCAUCCAAACGGCAACAGCUGUAUGUGGGAUCUGCAGUGGGCGUGACUCAUCUGGCCCUGCACCGCUGUGACGUGUAUGGAGAGGCCUGUGCGGACUGCUGCCUGGCACGCGACCCCUACUGCGCCUGGGAUGGCAAAUCCUGCUCGCGCUAUUCUGCCUCUCAGAAGAGACGCAGCCGACGUCAGGAUGUAAAGUAUGGCAACCCCAUUCGGCAGUGCAGGGGCUACAACUCUAAUGCCAAUAAGAACACACUGGAGAUGGUACAGUAUGGGGUGGAGGGUAGCAGCACUUUCCUGGAGUGCCAGGCCAGGUCUCCUCAUGCGUCCAUCAAGUGGCACCUACAGAAGGACAACAGUGACAGGAAGAAAGAGAUGCGAUCGGAUGGGCGGGUGCUGAAGACAGAGCAGGGCCUUCUGCUGCGCUCGCUGCAGCCCUCCGACUCUGGCCUGUACCAGUGCACCGCCACAGAGAAGAACUUCAAGCACACGCUGGUUAAGCUGCAGCUGGUGGUGCUCUCCGGCCGGGCCGUCAACAGCAUCCUGAUGGAGACCGGCGGGCCAGCGCCGGUACCACUGCAGUCCAGCCCAUGGACGCCCAGCGUGGGCCAGUACAAGGACCUCCUGACCAUCCUCAGUCAGCCCGAGAUGGGCCUCAUCAACCAGUACUGCCAGGACUACUGGCAGUAUGGCAGCAGCAGCCCCAAAGACCCUGCCUUGGGCACCAUUAGAGGGAGGGACCUGAAGGAGCUCAAGGAGCAGAAGAAGCCACGCAACCGCCGGAAUCACAAUGAGCAAACCGAGCCGCGGGAGACAUGAGGAGAGCGCCCCCCCCCAUCGCCCCCUCCCUCCUCAACCUUCUGCAAAAUGACUCAAAUCAGAGAGAAAAAAGGAAAAAAUCUUCACAAUUACAAGCAAAAGACACGAAA